AUGGACCUUCCUCCCUUUGGUGGCUCUUUUCGUGACCUUCGUGACCUAUUCCGUGCUCCAUCCUUCCCAGUCCUAUUCAAUACCUGCAGCAUGAGGCGCCUGGUGAACAUCAAACCCGUACUCUCGCACUUCUUGUACUUGGACUUGGGAUUCUUCCAAGGCCAGAGCUCGGCUCGUGGAAGCUUGCUGGACAUGGACUGGCACAAGGGCAAGGAGAAUGAGGACGAGGACGAGGACAUGGAGCAUGUGGACAUGUGGAAUCGCAUGCCGUUCUCGCCUUUGUACACUGCACAUGUGAGCUCCAUAGCCGAGGAAGUUGUGCUUCCUUUUGAUAUCGAUCCACGCAAUCGAUCAACAGAUAUGGCGUUCAGCUGA